AUGUCGGCUUUCGGCGGCGGCUUUGGGAGCGGCUUCGGCUCUAACAACCAGCAAAGCACCGGCUUUGGCGGUUUCGGCUCGAACACCAACACAAACACUAACACGAGCGGAGGCUUUGGCUCCACUGGCUUUGGCUCCAACACCGGCGGCAGUCUCUUCGGAGGAGGCAACACAAGCGGCGGCGGCGGCGGCGGCGGCGGCUUCGGCUCUGGUGGAGGUUUCGGGAGCAAUACUACGAGCUCGCCAUUUGGCGCAAAGCCUGGAGGAUUCGGUGCACAAACUACAAGUAGCGGCAGCUUGUUCGGCGGCGGUACUGGCACCGCCACCUCGGGAGGUACAGGCUUUGGCGGCUUCGGCAGUAACAACACCCCAAGCACUGGCUUCGGAAGCGGUAACACUGGUGGUGGGCUCUUUGGCCAGAACAAGCCUGCAUCCGGGUUUGGUGCUACUACGGGCACAGGUGGUGGCAUGUUCGGCGGUGCCAACACUUCAAACACGACCACCUCAGCUUUCGGAGCUGGCGGCGCAACUGCUUUCGGCGGCGGCCUGAACCAGGCGGCCGCAAACAACGGUACGGCCAAUACUCCUUUCAACGCCCACAUCGAGAAAGAUGGCGCAACUAGCCAGAAUGCCCAUUACCAGACCAUCACCUUCCAGCAGCCUUACCAGGGCUUCUCGCUUGAGGAGCUGAGAUUGCAGGACUAUGCGCAGGGCAGGCGCUUCGGAAAUGCGAAUGGCCAAGCUGGUGCUUUUGGCGCCAGUACAGGAUUCGGUGGUUUUGGCUCGAACACCAACACCAGCGCCCCCGCCACUACGGGUGGAUUCGGUUCCAACACUUCGUCAGGAGGAGGCCUCUUUGGUGCACAGAACAACACGUCCAGUCCGUUCGGCGGAGCCCAGAACAACACCACUGGCGGUUUCGGCUCCAACGCUAGCGGAGGCGGUCUUUUCGGCGCUAAGCCUGCCACAGGUGGAGGUCUUUUCGGCAGCAACACUGCCUCAUCUGGUCAAUCCACCGGUGGCCUCUUUGGCACGGCAGGUAACACUGGAACCUCGGCUUUCGGCGGCGGCAACACUGGAGGCUUUGGGAGCAACACCAACGCUGCUGCUGGUGGUGGCGGUCUUUUUGGAAACAACCAGCAGCAACAGCAAAACAAGCCUGCCUUCGGCGGAUUUGGCUCUGGUACUAGCACUGGCUUCGGCGGCUCGACGACCGGCACCGGAUUUGGUGCGAACACUAAUACCAACACUACUGGUGGUGGUCUGUUUGGCGGCAACACGAAUACCACUUCCGCCUUCGGCGCAAACAACCAGCAGCAACAGCAGAACGCCUCGAACCCCUUCGGCGGCUUUGGGCAAAACAACCAAAACCAAGCCCAGAACCAGCCGAGCGGUGGCGGUCUUUUCGGCGGCUUUGGGCAGAACCAGAACAACCAACAGCAGAACAAGCCUCUUUUUGGCGGUGCUACUCCUGGCUCUACUGGCGGCGGUCUGUUCGGUAACAACCAACAACAGCAGAACCAGACUGGAGGCGGCUUGUUCGGCGGAAACAACCAACAGCAGAACCAGGGCGGCGGAGGUCUUUUCGGUGCAAAGCCGGCUGGCACGACUGGUGGUCUUUUCGGCGGCGCGGCCAAUACCAACACCAACACUGGCGGCGGUCUCUUUGGCGGUGCCCUAGGCCAGCAGAACAACCAGCAAAACCAAGCUGGAGGCGGUCUCUUUGGCGCGAAGCCUGCAGGCCAGACCGGCGGUUUGUUUGGCGGAGCCACCAACACCAAUACGAACACUGGUGGCGGACUUUUCGGUGGAAGCCUUGGUCAGAACGCUUCGGCGCCCACUGGUAUUGGCGGCGGCCUAUUCGGAGGUGCUCAGCAGCAGAACCAGCAGCAGCAGCAGCCGCCACUUGGUGGUAGCCUUUUCGGUGCGACCAUGGCAUCGCAGGGCCCGAACCAGGCCCCUCAGUUGACUGCUUCGAUGAAUGGCAACCCGUAUGGAAACGAGCACCUGUUCGCCAGCCUCAACUCCCCUGGCCAGAGUGUUGGUCCUCUGGCGACGCCGCUUUCUAGCAGCCAAAAGCAGAAGAAGAACGCCAUUCUUCCGCAGCACCGCAUCAACCCCGCCGCGUCUUCUCGCCUGAUUACUCCCCAGAAGCGUCUCAACGGCUACGGUUUCUCAUACUCUACGUAUGGCACUCCCGGCAGCGCUAUGGGCAGCGGAACCCCCAGCUUCAGCGGCAGCCUCAUUGGUGGUGGUGGUAGCUUUUCGAAGUCCUUGUCGAAGAGCUUCUCUGCAAGCAGCCUCAAGAACACUUGGAACGCGGAAGACAGCAUCCUCUCUCCUGGCGCUUUCAACCCCUCUAAGCGCCCCGCCUACUCAAACACUGGCAGCAUGAAGAAGCUUACCAUCGACCGUGCCCUCAACGUCCGUCCGUCCCUCUUUGGUGAGGAGAGCAGCAGCAGCCCUGCUUCUCAAAAGAAGCGGGUCAGCUUUGACGCCAGUGCCACUCUGAACGGCAGCCUGGACGGUGCUAACGGUGCUCUGGUUCCUGCUGACCGUGAGUCGACGACCCCUACCGCUGAGGAGCAGGGCUUCCUUCGCUCGUCUAAGAACGGCGAGAGGCAGACGAACGGCACUGCAGCUAACGGGGACAAGGCUCCUGAGAUGGAGCAAGUCAAGGGCAAUGAACUCGCCGUCGUCCCCGAGGAGCCGUCCGAGGCCGACAAGAUCCUCAAAAUCGCCAACGAGAAGGCCCGUAAGGCCCAGAGGGAUCAGACUCCUGGAAAGUACUGGUCCGAGCCCAGCGUGGAUGAGCUCAAGACCAUGAGCAAGCAGCAGCUGAAGUCCCUUGAGAACUUCAGGGUUGGUCGUGAGGGCAUCGGUGAGAUUCAGUUCGAGCACCCUGUUGAUCUGACUGCCAUCGACUUGGAUGAGCUCCUUGGCGAAGUGGUCCAGCUCAAUGUUCGCAACGCCACCGUCUACCCAUCCAAGACUUCUACUCCUCCCAUGGGCAAGGGUCUCAAUGUUCCGUCGCUCAUCUUGCUUGAGAACUCGUGGCCUCGUGCCCAAGCCGGCAGGGUCGCGGUUCAUGAGAAGGGCGGACCUCGCUUCCAGAAGCACAUUGAUCGUUUGAAGAAGGUCGAGGGUACGGAAUUUGUGUCCUACGAUGCCAAGACUGGCACCUGGACCUUCCGCGUCCAGCACUAUACCACCUACGGUCUGGACUACGACGAGGAGGAUGAGGAGGACGACAGCAUGCUCACAGAUCCUCCCAUCGAUAUGCAGUCGCCUACUCCCACGGCCCGGCGCGUCCCCGCUCCUCUGUCGGCUUUGUCCCGCGCGUCUCAGGACGACUCCACCCUGAUGAGUCUGGCAGAGUCCAGCCCCGAUGACACUUUUGAGUUCAAGAGGGGCCUGGUCAGGAGGACCAAUGUCCCUGGCAGCUUUGAUGAUGAGGGCGAUUACUACGAGGAUGACCUGGCAUAUGGACAGGAUGACACUCUGAACAGCACUCAGUCUUUUUUAGAUGAGCGCUCCGUGGGUCCCUACGAGGAUGGCAGCGACAUGGAUGACGCUGCCUCCUACCGCAGCGGAUCUGAUUCGGAACCUGAGCACACCAUGGCAGGCUCUUUCCCCAUUCCGGAUCUUACCACGGAGCAGACGCCCGCCAAGAACACUGUCUUCGAUGCUUCGGGUAUGCCGAAGUCAAUCCUGAAGGCCAGCCGGGCAGGAUUUGGCACUCCAACUAAGGGCGCCUUUGACUUUGAGGGCGACUGGGCUGCGCAGCUGCAGCGGACUAUCAGCCCCAAGAAGCAGGAUCGCCAGACUCUUCGCGAGAACCAGAGCAAUGCUCUGAGACAGUUCGAUGACGACGUCGAGGAAACGCCCAAGGCUCCGACUUUUGCGAAAAGCACCAACAAGCCUUUCUCUAACAGCAUCGACCUUAUGAACUCUUUGUUUGGACAGAGCACUGCUCGUAGGACCGCUACGGCCAACGGAUCGCCGGUUAAGAAGGGAAAGGGCCUUGAGUGGCCCUACCAAAAGCGACCUAAGACUGGUGAAGAACUUGACGACCCGACCGAAGCCGAUAAGGCUUUCCACGACAAUGUCAAGCCGACUUGGACUCAUGACGGCACCCUCACGUACACUACCCCAGGCAGCGCUCCCAAGAUGCAGGGAAAAUUCAUUGCCAACCUCAAGAACUCGAUCGUCAGCCAACACAAGGAUGUCCGGUUUGCAAAGUUCUCCACGCCUGAAGAUAUCUGGCCUGCGACCAUUGUUGAGCAAGCUAGCGCAAACAACACGCACCUGAUCGACGGUUCGGAUGACGAGCCUCCUCGCGCUGAGACGUUGGAGAUGAAGUUCGCCGAUCUUGCCAACGCCGUUUCUAUCGACACGCCGGCCGGCAGGUUCGAGCAGGAGGUGUGGAAACUGGCCAGCAUCCUUUUCGACAGCCUUAGUGCGGACGACAUUCCUGAUGGUGUUCCCAAUGAUCUCCAGACGUUUGAGAACCAAAUCCGGACCAUGAAGCUGAGCGAGUUCUGGAAGUCGAUCGUGCUGCCUGAAGCUGAUCGUCAAGCUCGCCUGGCCAAGUCUGCCGAAGAGAAAGCAAUCGCGCGUUUGUCCAGCCACAGCAUCACCGAGGCUUGCGAUGCUCUCAUCGAAGGCAAGGAUUUCCGGCUGGCUACCCUCAUUGCUCAGAUCGGUGGCCCGCAAUCCUCCCGUGAAGCCAUCGCUACGCAGCUCGAGGAGUGGCGCGCUCAGAACGUGCUGUCCGAGAUAAGCGACCCGGUCCGCGCUCUUUACACUAUUCUCUCAGGCGAGUUCACUGUUUCGGAUGGUGCUCCUGGCCCUGCUGCUGAGAACAGGGCUGAGGACAUUCGCAUCUCAUCUCGCUUCGGCUUGGACUGGCGUCAGGCUUUCGGUUUCCGGUUGUGGUACGGCCGUCAGACCGACACCGCUGAGGAUGGACUGAUCGAGUACGCCGUACAGCGUUUCGAGGAUGAACUUAAAGAGGGUGAUGAGAACGUAAAGCCCGUCCCGUGGUUCGUUCGUGCUGGCCUCAAGACGGGUUGGGAUGAUCCUACUCCUCAAGAACGUCAGGACAUCCUCUGGGGCCUCCUCAAACUCUACAAGGCCUACCGCCAGAACGAUAUGACCUUCUCCGUGGCCGAAAUUCUGACUCCUGAGAACACAACGGGCAACCCGGUCAACGCUCGCCUGUCAUGGCAGCUCCUAACGCUACUACGCGCGCGAAACAUCCUCCCUCGCGAGGUAGUGACAAGCGACAUGAUCUACGACGGCCCGCGCGAGGGCGAACACUUCAACGCACGCCAGAUCACCGAGAUCAGCGACGCGCUGACGCAGACGUUCUCCAUCCCGCUGCUCACGUCCGAACACUGGACCCACGCCACGUGGGUGCUGAUCCACCUCACCGACGACGACGAGCGCGCGGCGGCCGUCAAGGACCAGCUCUCCUUCAACGCCGGCCUGAUCGGCGAGGACGCGGCGUCGGACGCAACCUUCGCGCACCUCACGACAGCGCUGCGCAUCGCGCCCAGCUGGAUCUACGCGGCCAAGGCGCAGCACGCGCGCGCAGUGCUGGGCGACCCGGUCAAGGAGGUCCAGUACCUGCUCGCGGCCGGCAGCUUCGCCCAGGCCCACGAGGUUCUGUGCCGCGCCGUCGCGCCCGCCGCCGUCAUCGCCAACACGCAGCACGACCUCGACGCCCUGGCCACGCUGCUCAACGGCUUCGCCGGCGCCCCGGAGAAGGACGUCAUCGAGUGGCACACGGGCGGCGCCGUCUACGUCGACUACCUCGCCCUCUUGCGCCUCCACGGCGCCCACCACCAUCAUGCUACCAACCCCUUCGCCUCCUCCAUCACCUCUCUCGGCAACAGCACCAAUGCCCGCCCUAGCUCCGCUAGCUCCAACGUCAUCGGCGGCCUCCACGACAGCGCUUCUUCCUCCGCCACCACCACGCUGUCCAAGGCCGAAGAGACCAAGGCCGUCCUGCAGCGCCUCGCCGCCGCCCUCGCCAGCAUCGCGCCGCAGCUCAACGCCCGCGAGGUGCUCGAGCGCGCCGCGCUCAAGGAGGUCGCUCGCACCGUGCUCGAGGGCGUCAAGAAGCAACAGCAGCAACAAGUCCAAACGUCGGAGAUGGACGGCUUGGAGGGCGCUGGCGCUGCUGACAGGAUUGCGGAGAAAGAGAGGAGGAACGUCCUGCGCAUGAGCGUUACCGAAGAGGCGAGCUUGUGGCUUGGUAGGGGCGUGGGUGUUGAGUAUUGGAGGGCUGUUGUUGCUGGGGGACGGUAA